CGCUCAGCCCCCCACUGAUUACAGCCUUAUUUUGAAUUCCAAAAAUAAAUUCACUCCUGAUUAUCCCCAAUUAUUAUUUAUUAGUUUCAGGGCUUCAUUAACGGCCAGCAACUUUUCGGCCCCUUUUAUUCAAGCAACAAUGGAGUUGCCACCCUCGCAUCCUUCUUUUUUAUGGGAAUUUCAAUAAUUUUGAAUAUCUAUACUUUAAUAUGUUACAAACGGAAACAUUAUAUUCCCCAAAAUAACCCUCAACUUUCUACUAAUAAAUUAUUAGUGGAACGUAGAAUUACUGUAUUUGUGUUGGUGACAUUUAUUGGACAGUUGAUUGUCUCGCUUUUUAUGAUAACCUGGUAUACAGUAUCUGCUCCAUUAAAGCCUUAUUUGGACACUGAAACCUAUAAUAUGACCAAUUAUGCUGUAUUAAAUCAGAGCCCCUGGGUAAACGACAUUUCUACAAUUGCAUUGCCCGCCUGGCUAAUGCUUUGGGCUAAUGAGCGAUUGAAAUGUGAACUUUCCAAGCAUUUUUACAAAACUAAGAAGAACAUUCUCAACUUGAUUGGAGUUAAACAACAGACGAUGGUCACAACCUUCGAUUCCAGUCAAAUACAAAAUGUUAAUGGGCAACAUAGAAUAUCAAUUCAAAAGUCUAUGGCUAGUGAUGUUAGGAGAAAUCUUACAAAUACUUUAAGAGAAAAUGAAGAUCGAAAGAGAGUGUCUAUACAUUCGUAA